AUGAUUGAUUUGAAACCUCUGGAAGUAUCUCUCUCGCCUCCAUCACCGCCUACCGUCACAGUGUCGCCUACUGCAGCAUCCCCAGCUCGCGUCACUGUGUCGCCCCCUGCAGCAUCCCCAGCUCGCGUCACGGUGUCGCCUACUGCAGCAUCCCCAGCUCGCGUCACGGUGUCGCCUACUGCAGCAUCCCCAGCUCGCGUCACUGUGUCGCCUACUGCAGCAUCCCCAGCUCGCGUCACUGUGUCGCCUACUGCAGCAUCCCCAGCUCGCGUCACGGUGUCGCCUACUGCAGCAUCCCUAGCUCGCGUCACGGUGUCGCCUACUGCAGCAUCCCCAGCUCGCGUCACGGUGUCGCCCACUGCAGCAUCCCUAGCUCGCGUCACGGUGUCGCCUACUGCAGCAUCAGCAUCUCGCGUCACUGUGUCGACUACUGCAGCAUCAGCAACUCGCAUCACUGUGUCGCCCACUGCAGCAUCCCUAGCUCGCGUCACUGUGUCGCCCACUGCAGCAUCCCUAGCUCGCGUCACGGUGUCGCCUACUGCAGCAUCAGCAUCUCGCGUCACUGUGUCGACUACUGCAGCAUCCCUAGCUCGCGUCACUGUGUCGCCCACUGCAGCAUCCCUAGCUCGCGUCACUGUGUCGCCCACUGCAGCAUCCCUAGCUCGCGUCACGGUGUCGACUACUGCAGCAUCCCUAGCUCGCGUCACGGUGUCGCCUACUGCAGCAUUAGCACCUCGCGUCUUGGUGUCGACUACUGCAGUAUUAGCACCUCGCGUCACGGUGUCGACUACUGCAGCAUCCCUAGCGCGCGUCACGGUGUCGACUACUGCAGCAUCCCCAGAUGGCGUCACGGUGUCGCCUACUGCAGCAUCCCCAGCGCGCGUCACGGUGUCGACUACUUCAGCAUCAGCAACUCGCAUCACUGUGUCGCCCACUGCAGCAUCCCUAGCUCGCGUCACGGUGUCGACUACUGCAGCAUCAGCAACUCGCAUCACUGUGUCGCCCACUGCAGCAUCCCUAGCUCGCGUCACUGUGUCGCCCACUGCAGCAUCCCUAGCUCGCGUCACGGUGUCGCCUACUGCAGCAUCAGCAUCUCGCGUCACUGUGUCGACUACUGCAGCAUCCCUAGCUCGCGUCACUGUGUCGCCCACUGCAGCAUCCCUAGCUCGCGUCACUGUGUCGCCCACUGCAGCAUCCCUAGCUCGCGUCACGGUGUCGACUACUGCAGCAUCCCUAGCUCGCGUCACGGUGUCGCCUACUGCAGCAUUAGCACCUCGCGUCAUGGUGUCGACUACUGCAGUAUUAGCACCUCGCGUCACGGUGUCGACUACUGCAGCAUCCCUAGCGCGCGUCACGGUGUCGACUACUGCAGCAUCCCCAGAUGACGUCACGGUGUCGCCUACUGCAGCAUCCCCAGCGCGCGUCACGGUGUCGACUACUUCAGCAUCAGUACCUCGCGUCACGGUGUCGACUACUGCAGCAUCCCCAGAUGGCGUCACGGUGUCGACUACUGCAGCAUCCCCAGCGCGCGUCACGGUGUCAACUACUGCAGCAUCCCGAGAUGGCGUCACGGUGUCGACUACUGCAACAUCAGCACCUCGCGUCACGGUGUCGCCUACUGCAGCAUCCCCAGCGCGCGUCACUGUGUCGACUACUGCAGCAUCAGCACCUCGCGUCACAGUGUCGACUACUGCUACUGCCGCCGUGUUGCGAGGAUUAUCUCUCAUUCCGUGUCAGGGGAUUAUAACCCAGAAACAGGCCGAUGCGGAAAAGAUCGUUCGUUCCAUACGACUACUCCCCCUCCCCUACCUCGCCUCCAACAUCUACUCCCCCUCCCCUACCUCGCCUCCAACAUCUACUCCCCCCUCCCCUACCUCGCCUCCAACAUCUACUCCCCCCUCCCCUAUCUCGCCUCCUUCAACUACUCCCCCUCCCCUACCUCGCCUCCAACAUCUACUCUCCCCUAUCUCGCCUCCUUCAACUACUCCCCCCUCCCCUACCUCGCCUCCAACAGCUACUCCCCCUCGCCUACCUCGCCUCCAACAUCUACUCCCCCCUCCCCUACCUCGCCUCCUUCAACUACUCCCCCCUCCCCUACCUCGCCUCCAACAGCUACUCCCCCCCCCCCACCCCUACCUCGCCUCCAACAGCUACUCCCCCCACCCCUACCUCGCCUCCAACAUCUACUCCCCCCUCCCCUACCUCGCCUCCAAUAGCUACUCCCCCUCCCCUACCUCGCCUCCUUCAACUACUCCCCCCUCCCCUACCUCGCCUCCAAUAGCUACUCCCCCUCCCCUACCUCGCCUCCUUCAACUACUCCCCCUCCCCUACCUCGCCUCCAAUAGCUACUCCCCCCUCCCCUACCUCGCCGCCAAACGCCACUCCCCCCUCCCCUACCUCGCCCCCCUCAGCUGCUCCCCCCACCCCUACCUCGCCUCCCACAGCUACUGCACCCCAUCACUACGGGGAGAGUGGUAG